AUGUGGAUGUGUGUGCUCGUCGUCGUGGCAACCGCUGGGUUCUGUCCGGCGGUGGCCGGUGCUCGCGAGCACGCGGGGAGCACGUCCAAGGUCCGUCUGCAUCGCAAGCUGGCAAACAUCGUGCGCGACGACUUCCUCAGUUUUGCCAUCGACGAUGGCAUUGCCAAAAAGAACUGGGAGCACCUGGACCUAAGCUCCGAGAGGUUGAAGUCCCUCGUCCGAGUACUCCUCCCGGCCGUCCUCCGCUUCGGAGGAACCCAGGCGGACUGCUUGAUCUUUCAGCAGGACGUCAGCCUCUUCAGGGGCACCGCCAAGUGCGCGCCGUUCCAGAAGGAGACCACACCGUUUCAGCUCACCGCUGAGUCGUGGUCUCAACUCAGCGAGUUCGUCAGCAGCCUGAACCUGACUCUGCUGUUUGACCUGAACGCACUGCUGCGGGACCCGGACGGUCGCUGGAACGGCACCAACGCCGGGAAGGUGGUCAGCACGCUGGCGGAGGAGGGACUGAGCGUCGUCUGGCAGCUGGGCAACGAGCCCAACAGCUACCAGCACAAGUUCAGCUACUCCGUGGCGCCGGAGACGCUGGCUGCUGACUUCUUACAGCUGCGUCAGCUGUUGGGACCCGCCGCCCAGCUGGUGGGACCAGACGUGAACCGACCCAAGGUCAAGGGUCAGCUGGAGCAGCAGCCGGUCGACAUGCCCGCCCAGCUGUACCUGCAGGGGUUCCUGCCCACCGCCGGAGCGGCGCUAAACGCCGUGACCUUUCACCAAUACUACUUCGACGGCCGCACCGCCACCGUCGCCGACUUCACCGACCUGCGCCACCUCGCGGUGCUUCAGCGCCAAAUCGCGGCCGUGCGCCGCGUGGCCGCUGGUGCUGCCAUCUGGCUGUCGGAGACGGGCAGCGCCUGGGGCGGCGGCGCGCCCGGGCUGAGUGACGCCUACCUGGCCGGCUUCCUCUGGCUGGACAAGCUGGGGGUGGCGGCGCGGCAGGGCGUCCAGCUGGUGGUGCGCCAGGCGCUCUACGGCGGACACUACGGCCUGCUUAACGCCGAGAUGAGGCCCAACCCGGACUACUGGCUGUCGUACCUGUACAAGCUGGUGAUGGGGCCACGGGUGCUCAAAGUCCGAGUGUCGGGACCCAAGACGGUGCGGAUGUACUGCCACUGCGGACACCGGUACCUGCCUGAUGAUUCCGUGUCUUGCUUUACCUUGAACCUGGGUAACGCGCCCGAGAAGGUACGCCUGGACAGCAGCAUGCAGGAGGGAGGCAUCCAAUACAUGCUGACUCCCCCCAACGGCAACUUGACCUCAAGGGGUAUCCUGUGUAACGGCCAGCUGCUGCAGCUGGAGCAGGACCGGCUGCCGGCGAUGCCCGUCGCCCUGCUGGAGCCGUCAACGUCACUGACGCUGCCCGCCUACAGCAUGGCCUUCCAAGUGUUCCGGCGGGCCGCGCCGCGCUCCUGCUUGCUGGAGGUCUGAGGAGCGCGGCCGCCGGCAGCGACGGCGCCGAGGCCGCUGGGGGUAAGGCGUGGAGCCGUGGGGAGCGGAGCAGAGGAUCUGGCAGUGCGGGUUUCACAGCGAACAGCGGAGGGCGAAUGGCUACUGACUCUGAACUGAGGUUACACUGAAGCCUCAGGUAUAGCUUUGACUGGAUCUUAUGGAAGUAUCGCAGACUGAGGGCCAUUCUGCUGUUGGAAGAUUAUGCGAAUCCGUCGUCAAGGUUCAGGUCCACGGUCUCGGUCAUCACAAUACCCACGCGCACGGGACCACGUUGAAGUCCGAGCAGUGACGCGACGUCUCGCGAGACCGUCUCACCAGCGUGCGUCUCACCAAGAGGCGUUUCCUUCAGCCGCACCACAGUCGUGCCCGCGAGCGUUUCACGCGUGGUCUGCGGCCCGCGCGUCGGUCGCCGCGGCCGCCAGCUGACGUCUGUUCCGUUUACUCCGCCCUGGUGAGUAACGCUGCAGCAGCGUCGCAGUCGCUGAGGCGGCAGAUCCACCAGCUUUGACACUGUUAAGGCGUGGCGUCAAGGUCCCGAUGGUGUGUUGCCUCUGCCCGCGCGCACAAUCCGUACCAAUCGCCGCUGCAGCAGAGCUCCCAACACGGCCGACACGCCGCUGUUUUUGUCAGGUGCACCUCCGGCUGGUGCUGAGGCCGUUCUAUGAUACCACUGGCUAUGUGAGCUCCCAGGGGGAUGCCUCGCUCCUGUCACUGUCCGUCGGGUCGUGGACGGAGGUCGGAGCCUGGCUGAGGCCCAGCAGCCUCCAGGCGAGGGAGGGGAGGUGUGUGUGUGUGUGUGUGUGCUAACGGGAACAAUCCGGCCAGUCGCUGACGGCGCGGAGAUGCGUGAUAACGAUCCCGCCUUGCUUGUUGAUAACUGCUCGCUGUGAGACCCGAGCUGUUCAUUCUCAAAUACGCUCUCCUGAAAACAUGCAUACGCCAAUACAGUUUUAUGUAAAGAUGACAUGAUUGCACUUGCACUGGAGUACACGCUUGAGCACAGCAUAACUUCAUAUCAGAACUGGGAUCGCCAGCAGCGCGCCAUCAGCGGACCAAUACGCAUCCGGGACCGGGAGCGAGGCAUCGCGUAAGCGGUGUGUAAUGCGGACCGCACAGGCGCCGGUCGAUGGCACUGUCACGGCAUCAGCUCAUCACAAGCGGGUGAGAUGCCGAGGCCGUUAAAACGAGGCUCGCAUCUCUCACGCACACAUCCAGCCUCCCUUCAAAC